AUGGCGGCUCAACCAAGAGGUAGUAGGGGUAGGGGCAGACCUGUAAUUCUCGUGAUGUACGCGGCGUGUAUGCGAAACCAUGCUAUUCCACUUGGUAGCUAUGCGGUUGACGGGUGUGGGGAGUUUUUACCAACCGGAGUCGACGGAACUCCCGAAGCAGUCCUGUGCGCCGCGUGUAACUGCCACCGGAACUUCCACCAGAGGGUUGAGAUGGAGAUUCCUCCACCACCACCCCGCCGCCGAGCACCCAGAGCUGCCCGCCGUGCCAAUCUAGCAGCGGAUUUUCCUCCUCCACCGACAACACCGCCGCAAGCCCGCUGGAAUUGA